AUGGCGACAGAAGAGGACAAAAGUAUUAUUGGGAUUGAUCUUGGGACUAGCUUUUCUUGUGUUGGUGUUUAUACGAAUGGUCAUGUUGAAAUCAUACCCAAUGAGCAAGGAAACCGUACCACACCAUCAUGGGUGGCUUUCACAGACUCUGACAGGCUAAUCGGCGAGGCUGCAAAGAAUCAGGCAUCUCUAAAUGCCAAAAGGACCAUCUUUCAUGUUAAGAAACUUAUUGGGAGUAAAUUUGAGGACAAAGAGGUUCAAAGACUCAUGAAAGUCGUUCCAUACAAAAUUGUGAACAUAGACGGGAAGCCUUAUAUCCAAGUUGAAAUCAAGGAUGGGGAAACCGAGGUUUUCAGUCCGGAAGAGAUUACCGCAAUGAUUCUUACCAAAAUGAAGGAGACAGCCGAAGCAUUCCUUGGGAAGAGAAUCACGGAAGCUGUUGUCUCAGUUCCUAUAUCCUUCAGCGAUGAACAAAGGCAGGCUACCAUGGAUGCUUGUUUGAUUGCUGGUUUCAAAGACGUAUCACUGAUUCUCGAACCUGCGGCUCUUGUUCGUGCAUAUGGUCUUGUUCGUGAAUAUGUUUUUGUAUACGGUCAGCAUAACAAGGAUGAUGAGGAAAAGAACAUUGUUGUUAUUGACCUGGUUGAUGGGAAAUGUGAUGUUACUAUCUUGGGAGUCGAGUAUGGUCUUUUUGACCAUCUUGCCAUGGCCGAUCUUGGAGGUAAGGAGCUGAACAACGACAAUGAUUUGUUUAUGGGAGUCAUGAAGAAGGCUAUGAAGGAUUCGGGGUUAGAGAAACAUCAGAUUGAUGAAAUCAUUCUUGUUGGUGCGAGUACCAAGGUUGAACAACUUGUGAGGGAUUACUUUAACGGGAAGGUCGAACCAAAGACAAGUGUCAACCCUGAUGAGACAAUCACUACCGGUGCGGCUAUUUUAGGAGACGUGUUGGCUAGGGGAGCAGGGCCAGAUCCGAUGUGUUGAUAGAAUUAGUGUGGGCUGAUGAUUCUGAAUUCUAUCAUCUUUAUUCAACAUUUGCUACCCCUUUCCUUUCAUAUAUGUACAUAAUUCACAGCUUGUAAGCAUAACUCAU